AAUUUCCGGGCGAGGGACCAUGCUGUCUGCUGUCUCAUUGGAAAGUAAACAAACGUGGUUUAUUUACGAAAUAUAAACAUGUUGCUCAUAUAAACGAUCAGAAGUCCCUGGUAGUGUCUAUAUCAGGAAACCAUGGCCCCGUCAGACUUGAAGGCCCUGAUCCAGAGGUUUUAUCAUCUCCAGUCUGAGCGGGUAGAGACGUAUCUGCUCUUUGAAGAGGGACACGAGGCCUACUUGAGGACAGGGCCACAUUAUGACUUUGACCACUACAAGCAGUUGGUCCAUGAAAUAACGCAGGCCUUCAGCGGCAUUUCCAAGGAAAUCCUGGAGAUCAAGGGGAGACUGCACCACGAGUUCGACCGACCAGCUCUCUCUGAGCACAUGGAGAAGCUGCAGAGCAAAGAGAAGCAGAAACUUGAACUGACAGCCAAACUGCAGCUCGCCAAACAACAGGCCCAGGAUCACCCAGAGGAUGAAGACUGUCAAGAAAAGAUUCAGGAGAUCAAACACGAGAUCAUCAAGAACCAAGAGGCUCUAAGUGAGAUCAUGCAGGACUUCAAGUAUGAUUCAGAGGAGUGUGAUUGACAGCUGAGCAGAGGGAAGUGAGCUGCAGCCCUUUGACAUCGUGAUGUGACAGGUCGACUCCACCCCGCUGCAUCUUCCAUCUCUGCCUCCUCAGCUGCUUUUAUUGAUCUGCCUGUGGCUCCACCCUGCUCUCUGCUGCAGAGGCCUGGGUCUGUAUGUGUAGUCAUGCUUGUUUUACUGCACUGCUCAGCCAAAAAAGAAAAAAAAAAGAAAAGCCACAGCGAGAGGCACCGUUUAUGACUUAAAUCAUUUUAAGAUGUUCAACUACCUUUGUGUACAUGAUGAGUUGCAUUUUUUACAUAAUAAA